AUGUCUACCACAACAACUGUCCAAGUUGAAACGCCACCGGCCGUAGAGAGCAUCGAACUCCGGCAUCUCGGCCCCGGCGCUUCAACCAGCCGCCGAGUCAGCGCCGAGUCCAAGGAGGCAUCACACGUGGAGGCGGCACCGCACGUUUCAGACGGCCAUGACGGGGGUGAACCGCCGCCGGGUGCUCUUGCGGAGACUGAGAGGUGGAAUCGGCCUGUUAAGAACAUUGGCCGGCUUGCGUUUGCGUUUGUGUCGUUUGCUAUUGCGGGGAUGAAUGAUGCUGCAGUUGGCGCUUUAAUCCCAUAUCUCGAAGAGUACUACAACCUCAGUUAUACUGUUAUAUCCUUAAUCUUCCUCACACCUUUUGUUGGCUACUCUAUCGCCGCCUUCACCAAUGCCCGCAUCCACGUCCUCCUUGGCCAGAGAGGUGUGGCCAUUAUGGCACCUAUCUGCCAUCUCAUCACCGGAUUUGGAAAUGGUCUGACGGAUGCUUGUUUUUGUGCCUGGGUCGGCAACAUGGACAAAGCGAAUACAAUUCAGGGUUUCCUGCAUUCGUGCUAUUCGCUCGGUGCAUUGUUCUCACCGCUGAUAGCUACCUCGAUGGUCGUUAAGGGUGGUUUGCCAUGGUAUACCUUUUAUUAUCUCAUGAUUGGUAUGUCUGGUCUGGAAUUUGCUGGGCUUGUCAUGGUCUUCUGGGACAAGACUGGCGCUGUAUAUCGAGAAGAGCAUGCACGCGAGAAUGCGGAUGCUGGAACUGCUGGCGCAGGCACUCGUGAGGCAAUGAAGUCGAAAGUCACCUGGCUUUGCGCACUCUUCUUCUUUGCCUAUAUGGGUGUGGAAGUUGGUCUCGGAGGUUGGGUCGUCACCUUCAUGCUCCGAGUGCGUCAUGCUUCGGCAUAUGCAUCUGGAAUUUCAGGCUCAGGCUUCUGGGCGGGUAUGGCGCUUGGCCGUGCUGUCCUGGGAUUCGUGACAGAGCGAUUUGGCGAAAGGCUUUGCCUAUCCAUUUAUCUUGGCAUCUGUCUCGGGCUCCAGUUGCUAUUCUGGCUUGUCCCCCAGUUUGUCGUUUCUGCCGUCGCCGUCGCCUUUCUGGGUUUCUUCCUUGGCCCGAUGUUCCCUGGAGCUGUCAUGGUAACCGCCAAGCUUCUGCCAAAACGCAUCCAUGUCAGCGCCAUUGGGUUUGCCAUGGCUAUGGGAGGCACAGGAGGCACGGUAUUUCCUUUCAUAAUUGGUGCUAUUGCGUCUCACAAGGGUGUUUCCGUCUUGCAGCCCAUUAUUCUGGCACUCAUUGCUGUGAUUGCCGCAGUUUGGUUGAGUUUUCCCCGUAUUCAGAAGCGGGACUGA